AUGGUGAAGGAGACCGCCCUCUAUGAUGUUCUCGGUGUUGAACCGAGCUGCACGGAGUCGGACUUGAAAAAGGCAUACCGAAAACUUGCCCUCAAGUAUCACCCCGACAAAAAUCCCAACGAGGGCGAACGCUUCAAGAAGAUCUCGCAGGCUUACGAAAUCCUCUCGGAUAAAGAGAAGCGUGAAGUUUACGAUCGGCAUGGCGAAGAAGGGCUUCAGGGUGGCGGCGGUGGUGGUGGCCACAAUCCAAUGGACAUCUUCAACAUGUUCUUCGGUGGUGGCGGUGGACGAGGUCGUCGUGAGGCGCCACGAGUUCACCCGACCGUCUACCAGCUUAGUUGCACCCUGGAGCAGCUCUACAAUGGCUGUACGCGUAAGCUGAAGAUCUCCCGAAACAUCCUCUGCAAGGGUUGCGAGGGCUACGGUGGCCCCAAAUCCGCCGUCAAGCAAUGUUCCGAAUGCAAUGGGCGCGGUGUCGUCAUCCGAAUGCACCAGCUUGCUCCUGGUUUCGUCCAGCAAAGCCAGCAAACCUGCCGCACAUGCGAUGGCGCUGGAGAGAUCAUCCCGGCCAAAGACAGAUGCACGAAGUGUAAAGGCGAGAAAAAGUCCAAAGAUGAGAAGAUCUUCGAGGUGCACGUGGAGAAGGGAAUGAAGGAUGGCGAGAAGAUUGUUUUCAAAGGCGAGGGUGACCAGGAGCCCGGACUUCCAGCGGGCGAUGUGAUCAUUGUUCUCGACGAGAAGGAGCACCAGAGCUAUGUCAGGAAGGGAAAUAACCUGAUAAUGAGCUUUGAACUUCAAUUGGUGGAAGCCUUGUGUGGGUGCUCGCGGAACAUCAAGACGCUCGAUGACCGGAUUCUCCAUUUCAACUUGUUGCCCGGUGAGGUGAUUACGCACAGCGAGCUCCGCGUUAUCCACAACGAAGGCAUGCCAACUCACCGCGAUCCGUUUGUCAAGGGUGACCUUAUCCUGCAGUUCUCGGUCGAGUUCCCCAAGAAAUUGGAAGAAAAGAGCCGCCGGUUGAUUGCUGAGAUGUUGCCAGGUAAACAAGCGGCUCUUCCGAUCGAUGAUGAUACGGAGAUUAUUGAACUGGACGACAUUCGCGGCGAGGAGGCUCCUCGAAAUGGCCAUUCGCACUACAUGGAGGUGGACGAGGACGAUGAUGACCCGCGUGGCCGAGCCGGACCUGGUGUUCAGUGCCAGCAGCAA